GUCUACAAGGAGAAGCUGUAUGGCAAGAAAUACGUCUGGUUCCUCAUCGGCUGGUACGCCGACAACUGGUUCCGCAUCAAGGAUCCGGCCAUCAACUGCACCGAGGCCGAGAUGGCCGAGGCCGUGGAGGGACACGUCACCACCGAGAUCGUCAUGCUCAACCCCGAGAACACCCGCAGCAUCUCCAAUAUGACAUCCCAGGAGUUCAUCGAGAAGCUCCAGAAGAGGUUGGGGAAGAACCCGGAGGAGACGGGUGGCUUUCAGGAGGCGCCGUUGGCCUACGAUGCCAUCUGGGCGUUGGCCCUGGCCCUCAACAAGACCUCGGCGGAGCUAGUCAAGAAAGGGUUACGCUUGGAGGACUUCAACUACAACAACAAGAACAUCACCGAUGAAAUCUACCGGGCCCUCAACUCCUCCGCCUUCGAGGGAGUCUCGGGACACGUCGUCUUCGACGCCAGCGGGUCCCGCAUGGCCUGGACGCUCAUCGAGCAGCUCCAAGGAGGUGUCUACAAGAAGAUCGGUUACUAUGACAGCACUAAGGACAACCUGUCCUGGUACAACAAUGACAAGUGGAUCGGAGGUGCUCCACCAGCCGACUACACCAAGGUCAUCACCACCUUCCGCUUCCUCUCCCAGAAGCUCUUCAUCUCCGUCUCAGUGUUGGCUUCCUUGGGCAUCCUCUUGGCCAUCAUCUGCUUGGCCUUCAACAUCUACAACGGCCACGUCCGGUACAUCCAGAAUUCACAACCAUACCUGAACAACAUGACGGCGGUGGGCUGCACGUUGGCGCUGGCGGCUGUCUUCCCCCUGGGGCUGGACGGGUACCACAUCGGGCCGGGGCUGUUCCCGUUCGUCUGUCAG